AUGCUGGCGCGCGUCCUCCAAAAUCCUUUGUCGUCUCGUCUUAUUGUUACUCGCUCCGUCUCCGCUUUUUUCCAAAGAAGAGCUUUUAGUGAAAAUGCAGAGUCGGUCGAGUAUGAGAUUGUCAAGAACAUGGAAAGAUUCCCUCUGUUUAGUGAGAAAAUUGAUUAUGUGGGAAAGAAGGAAACAAGCUUGAAAUACUUCAAGGGAUCUGACUGGCUGAAGACAAGUGACAAGCUGUGCUUCAACGCCGAUGCUGUGACUCUGGCGGAACAAAUUCCCGGAAAGAUGGAUGAGAAUAAUAACUUUGUCGUCGCAAAUCGCUUUGAAGAGCAUAUGCUCGCCACCACUUCCACUGAAUCGCAAUUUCAGACAAUGAAAGGCGAGAUGGAUACUUUUCUUGCGUCUCAACCCUCUCUUUUUGUCCAGGAUGGAAAGUUGGGGUCGAAUGAACGCUGCGGGAUUCAUGUUCGUACUGUAACGAAUGAUCCUCUCACUGCUCUGAUUCUGAAGUCUAUAAUGUUCCCUCUCCCUGAAGUCCAUCCACCCAAGGAACGGAAGAUGCGAAACAAUCUGACGAUCUAUGUUAGCCGAGGAAACAACGCGCAAGCCGCAGGUCUUGAGGGACAGCUAGUCAGUCACGGUAACUACACCUUGUUAGUGAACGGAGAUUAUAGCAUUCGCCAGCUCAUCGAUGCAGGAGAUUCGAUUUUUGCCAACGAGCUUUAUCACAAGAAUAAUCGAGACAUUACGGAUCUAGUGACAGGAGAGACAUCCUCCAAGGAUAUCAUUAACACCGUGCUGCUUCCUUGCUCGUGCAUUCGCGCCAAGAAUAAUGUGAGCUCGUUGUUGUUCAGCAGCGACACGGAUUUAAACGUGGUUUCGCACGAGCACCUCGAUGAGAUCCACCUGAACGCGUUUAACUCGGGUUCUCUUUACUCGCUCGAUCACACGGUCAUCGGCAACAACUUCAUGGGCUGCUUAUUCGGUGGCGUGCAGCUGAGCUCCAAAGUUGGCUCGUUGGUGCAGCCUACGCAAUCGGUGUUUGUGAAUGACUCGAUUAUGACAGCGACAAAGAACGAUUCGUCGUGCACCUUUCCAUCCACACUGCUCUUCAUCCAGCACGCUACGGGAAUGAACGAGAUGAAUUAUGGAGCGCUUCAGAAGCUCGUGAAGAGCUGGAAGGUGGCAGAGGAUUGCCAGGAGUACUUCAUGGCAUGGGCUAAAGUGUGCAAAGCAGAGUGCUUCAAGAUCAGCUACACGAUUAUGAAGGAUUUGAUCGCCGAGAUGGAGACGAUCGAGUACAAUGUGAAGGAAAAGUGGGCUGUUUUGCAACAAACAGACGGCAAGCCAUAG